CAGGUGGGAAGGACGGCUGCAGGUAUUGUUGUGUGAGAUGCCAGUCCUUCCUCACGUAGAUUAUCAGGGUCAGAUCACACAACAAGGGUAAAUAUUUAACCAAAAAGCCUUGAUGGUUAACUUCAAGCUAACGAGGAACGAGGAACAGUCACUUGGUGUACCAGGCUGGAGAGCAGAGCUGGAGUUGUGCAAUGACUACCCGCCACGGGGAACACAGGUAUUAAAUGAAUAGAGAACUGUUUUUGGUGGAAAAUUGACUUUUGACAUCAAGAUGAGCCACACCACUGAUGCCUGGAGGCUGGUAAACAUUAAAGAGAGCACCUGGCACCAACACAGUGUAGUAUGCAAACGGUCCUUCCAGACCCGCUUCAUGCAGAAGGAUGGCAGCUGCAACGUCUACUUCAAGAGUAUCCUUGGGGAAUGGGAAAGCUACGUGGUGGACAUUUUUACCACACUGGUCGAUAUGAAGUGGCGUCACAUGCUUAUCAUCUUCACCUUAUCAUACAUCCUGUCAUGGCUGUUGUUUGGCUUCAUCUUUUGGCUCAUAGCUCUUCAGCAUGGAGAUCUAAACGACAUGGACAUAGUUCCUUGCGUUGACAACGUGCACACAUUUGUAGGGGCGUUCUUAUUUUCCUUGGAGACACAAACAACCAUCGGAUAUGGAUACCGCGGCGUAACAGUGGAGUGCUCCUUUGCCAUUAUAAUGGUAACCAUCCAGUCAGUAUUAAGCUGCGUCAUUGACACUUUUAUAAUUGGGGCAGCAAUGGCCAAGAUGGCCACGGCCCGCAAAAGAGCACAGACUGUACGCUUUAGUUACUUUGCCCUUGUAGGGAUACGGGACGGCAAACUGUGCCUCAUGUGGCGUGUUGGUGACUUUCGACCAAACCAUGUUGUUGAAGGAAACGUGCGAGCUCAGCUUCUGCGUUAUCAUGAAGACCACGAGAAAGGGAUCACCAUGGGAUACAAAGACCUGAAACUGGUGAAUGACCAAAUAAUAUUGGUUACACCAGUCACCGUAGUCCAUGUUAUUGACCAAGACAGUCCUCUGUAUGCUCUGGAUCGUAAAGCUUUGGCUGCAGAUAGGUUUGAGAUCUUAGUUACUUUCAUAUACACGGGCGACUCCACUGGAACAUCUCACCAGUCUCGAACAUCCUACCUACCACGGGAAAUCCUCUGGGGUUUCAGGUUCAACAACAUCUUGGAGGCCAAGAAGAAAUAUUACAAGGUGGACUGUGAGCAGUUUGAGGAAAUGACUGAGUACUACGCCCCGUUUUGCAGUGCCAAACAGCUGGACAUAAAUGCCAUGCCUGCUAGUCCAACCACAAGCUCAGUGUCCAUUCGGUUCACCUUCGAGACACCUCCAAAGCCAGUACAGAAUGUGUUAUCCAGUAAAAACAAGUCUUCAAGCUCAAUGACCAAUAUCAUACACAUUUCGGAAUCAACGGACUCCAUGCUUAAUGAUUUAUCUAAAGUAGCGUCCACAAGCUCCAUGCCCAAUGGGUUAUUCAACAUGUCACAGAAUAUGGCAAGUGUGGCAUCUCUUGGUACUAUAGAUGACAGCAAAGAAAACUUAACAGGAUAUAACAUAAUACAGGACAUCGAGGACAAGUCCUAUCAAAGGGUCUUCAAGACUUUGAGUAAUAUGUAGAGUAUAUAUUUGAGUACGACAAUUUUUGAUUACUAAAUGUAAUCAUGUAUUGAGUAUUUGAGUCCUUGUUACUUGACACCUUGAAGGGAAGCUUUAGUAUGUUAGCCAUGAAUAAUAUUGUUCCAUAGACAGUCAGCCCAAAAAAAAAGUAGUGUGAUCUGCUUUCACCUAGGGCUCAAGUUUAGUCAAUUUAGUUUCAUUUAUAAAAGUAUUUCUAUGCAUUUUUUUAUGUAAAUUCUUCUAGUGCAUAGACACCACAAGAUAUUACUACGUACUCUACUGUUUGUUCCUAUCUAGACUUGUACAGUGACUAUAUAUGAUGUACACUUGUUUGUCCUAGCCAGGGCUUUUUUUCUCAAAAAAUAGGUGCAGGUACUCUCCCCUUUCGAGUCACCCCUUGUCUCCGCCAUCUACCCACCUCCGAGCAAUGUUCCUUGGUUCCACCCCUUACCUACCUCCGAUUAGAAUGAGUGGGGAAAGGGGCCAGUAAAUAUGUAAUUUACCGAAUGCAAUAGGCUGGGCACACCUAUGCAUCAGGGCCAUCUUAUCCAGUGGGCACACCUGGGCACAGCCCAGGGGCCUCAGGUGCCCAUGGGGCCCCAUCAGGACGGGCAAGGCCAAUCCCAGGCAGGUGCACCAUGCCCCGGCACUGUAAGCUGCUGCAGAAAAGGGACGCCAAGCCUACGAAGCUGGGGCAUGCCACUUGACUGCACUGGUUGCUAGAAUCCCUGGCCGCCCAGCGCCUAGCACCCAGUGAUGUCAGAGGCCGCCACCCCCCCAGCAUUCAGAGCGUGCCGCGGCCGCCCCAGCAUUCAUAGCGUGCCGCCUCCGCGGCUGGAAAACUAGACCAGCUCCACCCACCUCUGCCAUCUUCAGACUCAGACAGCGUAGCACGCCGUAGGUCACCAUCUUCAUUGUUUGGGCCCCAAUGCAUUUCUUUGCCCAGGGGCCCAUGAUGCUAUUAAGAUGGCACUGCUAUGCAUGGAUGUGAUAUGCUAUGUAGAGUCACUAUGCUAUGUACAGUUAUUAUGCUAUGUAUUGUUAGUAUUGAUGUCACAGUAUGGACAUUUAUUGUGAUUUGCAGGUCAAUACCCAUUAAAUGCACAUUUUUUUUAAUCUAA